AUGAGCACGUCUAGCAUUUCCAAUCCAACAUUGUCCAGGGCAGGACAUGAUAAUACCACAACCACAUCGACAACCAGCAACAACAACCCCAUUGUUGAACAAGCAUCGACCAUGUUGGAUUACACUAGUCAUGGUGUGACAACAUCAAAUGCUUCAAGUGUACCAGAAAAACAGCCACUUAAACAACAACAACAACAACAAGGUGUCAAAGGAUCGUGUUUUCAAGACAUCAUUGAGCAGGACUUGAUGACAGGCCUUGAAGAUAGCACACAUCGACUUUCUAUAUCGGAUCAGCACCCACUUGAGAAAAGAGAAACGAGACAUGUCCCGAGAUCGGUGCGUGGCAUUUUUCCCGACAGCACAGCUUUUACUCCUCAAUCUGGUGACAAAUUCCUAUUCCAAGGUGACCAUCACCAUCAUGGUCUUGAUCCCAAUACCUCUACACCUUUAGUACGACACGGCAGCAUAGUAACGCCCACAACCAGUCAUGCACCCGACCCGACGUUUAUGCGUCGUUCAUUUGAUGCUACAAGUGGUUAUCAUCAUCAACAUCACCACCAACAACAUCGUCAUCGUUUUCCAUCACUCAAUAGAAGAGAAAGCUAUCCUUGUCUGCAGCAGAGUGCUUCAACCACGACUACAGCAACAAGUAAUGGUGGUCAAGGAUGGAAUUGUGACCCGGCUUGGAUGCCAUCACCUUUUAGGAAAUAUUCUAUGGAUUAUGUCAACAAGCGCUUGGAUCUAGAUCCACGUGGAGGUUCAAGUCGUCUUGCACCUUCCUAUUCAAACCCUGACCUUGCUACGGCACGUCGCUUAUCCAGUUUGGAGAAUGCUGUUGUUGCUGCUGCUGCUGCAGCAAGUGGCGUUUCUGAUAACAUCCCUGAAAGUGGCGCCCCAUCUUCGCCGUCAUCCUACGCAUCCACUACAGCAACUGCAGCUGGUUUGAUUGCAUUAUCAUCAUCACAACAACAACAACAACAACAAUUGCUUGGUUACGUUCCAUCCUCGUUAAUGUAUCCAUACCCUUAUCCAGCAGCAGCCGUGGCCACCACCACCACAACAAAUCAAGCAGCAGCAGCAGCGGCAGCGGCAGCAGCUCAUGCAGCAGCCAUUUGUAAUCAUAACAAUAAUGGUGGUGCUGGACCAUCGCCUGCCCCCUUGAAUCCACUUUUAUUAUCGCAUCUUAUCCGUCACAUGCCGCCAUCUUCACCCUCUUCACCUUCAUCACCCACAAGUGUAUCAUCAUCCUCUUUUAGGAAAACACAACAGCAGCAGCAGCAACAACAAUCCACCACAUUGAGCAAUAGCAAUUCAUCCACCACAACCACUACACAACGUCGACACAAUGAGCAUGACAAGUUUGCCCAUAUCAAGUUCGAAGAUGUUGUGGAUGAUAUUUAUUCAUUGUGCAAGGAUCAAUAUGGGUGUCGCUAUUUACAACGAAAGCUUGAGGAGCAAAACGAUGAUCAACGUGACAUUAUCUUUGACCAGGUGUUUCCGCAUUUCAUCAAACUCAUGACAGAUCCAUUUGGCAAUUAUCUAUGUCAAAAGCUGAUGGAACGUUGCACGGAUGAACAACGCACUCGGAUCGUGGAACAAGUAUCUCAAGACCUGGUUGAUAUCUCACUCAAUAUGCAUGGUACACGUGCCGUCCAAAAGAUGAUUGAAUACAUUACAUUACCGGAACAGAUCCACCAUGUUGUUGUGACCUUGGCUCCCAACGUCGUAACCUUAAUCAAGGAUCUCAAUGGCAACCAUGUCAUUCAACGUUGUCUGCAUCGCAUGUCUUCCGAGAACAAACAAUUCAUUUACAACGCCGUGAGUGAGAAUUGCAUCGAGGUUGCCACGCAUCGCCAUGGUUGCUGUGUGUUACAAAGAUGCAUUGAUUAUUCCUCAGAAAACCAAAAGACUCAGCUCGUCAAUGGAAUCAUUCAACAUGCCCUGAACCUCGUUCAAGAUCCAUUCGGCAACUAUGUCGUGCAAUACGUCCUUGAUCUUGGUGAUGCUGAUUUCUCCGAUAAGCUCAUUCAGCGCUUUGUGGGCCAUGUCGUAUCUUUAUCGGUCCAAAAGUUUAGCUCCAAUGUCAUGGAAAAGUGCAUACGAGUGGCUGAACCAGAAACACGUCGACGCCUUAUGGAAGAGAUGCUCAACAAGCCAAAGUUGGAAAGAUUGCUCCGGGAUUCCUAUGCCAACUACGUUGUACAAACCGCCCUUGAUUAUGCUGAACCUGCUCAACGCAUCAAGCUUGUUGAAUGUAUUCGACCUUUGUUACCUGCUAUACGCAACACACCUUAUGGUAAACGCAUCCAGGGCAAAAUCAAUCGUGAACCACAGCGAUCAGUUUUGCAUCAUCAUCACCAUCAUCAUGACCUGCACACCAUGUCGAUGGGUUAUUUGGCUGCGGAUAUGGCCUUGUUUCCACCACCUAUGCAACCAGCAGCAUCCUUUGGAGCUUUCAGCCCUUUUUCAGUGUUCCAUCAUCAUUGA